GUGGGACGAUGCCACAAUGCUAUAUAUUGAGGCCUCCCUAGAUCUAAUUCCUUCAUCGAAUGUCUUUGCUGUUCUCUCUUCUAUCAAAUACUAGAAUAACAUCUCUUCGCUCUCAGUCUCUAUCAUUGGUGAGAAGAAAAUGUCGAUCCCGCCGAAUUCACUAUGGAGAGGAUGUGCAGCAAACUUCCCUCAACCUGUCGAUGAAGACGACGUGCGUGCAGCUCAAUUUUUGGUGGAAACUGUUUAUUACUUUAAUUGCCAUAUUGCAGAUCCCCUUCUGGCUGACAUCGAGUACAGAAGCAGCAGUGGAGAAGGAGACAUACUCCACCAUGUGUUCCGCUGGGAUCUUACUCCCUGUCAUGAGGUCUUUCAACAUGGCUUCCAAGCAAGGCGUCAAGAUAACACUCCCGACGAGGUCUACUACAAUCUGGCUCACUACAUCCGUCAGGGAGGUAGGCCUCUUGAUUCCCGACGACCCACCACCCACGCCUUCAUUAGCACCACGCUCGACAGUGCAUGGCAUCCCACCGUCACUGAGACUGUGAGUGAAGUAUGUCGUUACGAGAUAUACGUUCCCGGUGGCAUUUGGGUUGCUCAGACUCUUGGUGAUCAUAAUGCCAAAGACCCAGACGUCGACGAGGUGUGCUUUGUUGCUGGCAUUGCCCCUCAAUACAUUCGGUCUGCCAACGCUUCAAGCUCACUUCUGGAGAGUCGGUAAUUACCCCUUUACACAUUUAUUACGUCAGUAUUUCUC